GCGUCGUCUGCAAACAGGACCGUCGGCAGCCCGGCCGAGGUCGGCCACCGCGCGCGCCUUCCGGCCCGAGCCGGCGUGUGGGGUCCCCCGCCUCGCCGCCAGGGCUGCCGCGACCGCGAUGGCCGAGCUGUCGCAAAAGAACUACGAGUUUAAGAUCGUGCUGCUGGGCGACCGCGGCGUCGGCAAGACCUGCCUCGUGCUGCGCUUCAUCGAGGGCCUGUACAACUCGAGGCAACAGAGCACGAUCGGCGCGUUCUUCCUCACGAAAAAAAUCGUCACCGCGCAGGGCGACGCGUGCAAAAUCCAGAUCUGGGACACGGCGGGGCAGGAGCGGUUCCGCGCGAUGGCGCCCAUGUACUACCGGAACGCGGCGGCGGCGAUCGUCUGCUUCGACGUCACGGACGAGUCGACGUUCAACACGAUGAAGGACUGGGUCGAGGAGCUGAAGACGAACGUCGUCGACAAGAACCUGGUCAUCGCCAUCGCGUGCAACAAGGCGGACCUCGACACGCGCCAGGUGUCGCGCGCGCGCGCGGAGCAGUUCGCGCGGUCCAUCAGCGCCAUCGUUUUGGACACGAGCGCCAAGGAGAACUUCGGCGUCGCGGAGCUCUUCGCCGCCGUGAGCGAGCACGUCAUCAAGCUCCGCGGCCAGGAGCUCUGCUCGACGCCCGGCGCGCCCCGCGGCGGCGGCGGCGGGCCCGGCGGCCGCGGCCUCAGCCUCGCCGCGCGCGCCGCGGGCUUCCGCGACGACCAGCAGAGCGCGAGCUCCUGCUCCAACUGCUGAGCGGCGUACUUCCCGUCGGCGCCUCCCCCCCGCGCGCGCCCGCUCGCACUAGCCACGACGGCGG